GUGCGAAAAAACUUUUUGCCGUUGGGGUGCCGAGUGUGUGUCCCUGGGGGAUGGUCGAGCCCAUUGCGCCUGUCCUACAACCUGUCCAACAUCAACUGCCCCUGUAUGCUCCACUGCAGGCCGGACGUAUCGGAACCAUUGCUACUUGCGAAAAGAGGCAUGUGAAAGGCGUCUCAACUUGCGGAUUAAACACGAAGGAGAAUGUGAAGCAGGAGAUCCGUGUACGAGCGUGACUUGCCCUACGGGGGCAAGGUGUGUCUCAACGUAUGGGCAAGCUGAAUGCAGAUGUCCUCGUAGUUGUCAAAGACGAAAACCUGUCUGUGGAACAGAUGGCAAGGAGUAUUUGUCCACAUGUCAUCUCGACAAGCAUGCCUGCGACAAUCAACUGAACGUGACUAUCAAAUACCAUGGAAAAUGCGAUCCAUGUUCGGAGCACGAAUGCGCCGAUGGAGGAGUUUGUCAGCUGAAUGAAGUCAGGUCACCGACCUGCCGAUGCGGUCCAUCUUGUGAUUUAAUCGUACGACCGGGCUCAGCUGUGUGUGGCUCCGAUUACAAAGACUACCCCAGUGAAUGCGCGUUACGAAGGGAGUCGUGCCGAACUAGACAACAGCUCACUAUAGCGUACCGUGGAGAAUGCGCUUCAGCACAACACCCGUGCGACUCUGUGAAGUGCGGUCUCCGAGAAUUAUGUACUCUGGAUGCGCGCGGUGUUGCUGUGUGUGGAUGCGGCGUGGAAUGCGAGGCGAUCGUCCGGCCAGUGUGCGGAACCGACGGACGGACGUAUGACAGCCAUUGCCAUCUAGAGCGCGCCGCGUGCCUCGAUAACCGAGAUAUCCGUGUUGCGUACGCGGGACCUUGUGGUUUGGAAAAUCCGUGCGCUCGUGCGUCGUGUCCGUGGGGCGGCGGUUGUGUUGCGCGUCACGGCGCAGCGCAAUGUGCUUGCCCGGUUUGUGACGCGACACUAGCGCCGGUGUGUGCCACAGAUCAUAAUACUUACGGAAGUGAAUGUAAAAUGAGAAUGCACGCAUGUCAAGAAGGGAUAAAGGAAGGGGAACUGCGUGUGCUCUACAACGGAUCUUGUCAAACCUGCGCUGACGUCACGUGUCAAGGAGGCGGAGACUGUGUGGUGGAUAUUGAAACUGGCCGCCCUACAUGCCAAUGUAAUCACAAUUGCACUGAAGCACAGGAAUCGGACGUGGUAUGCGGCUCGGAUGGUCAAACAUACCCCUCGCAAUGCGAGUUGGACUCGACAGCGUGUCGAGAACAAAGUGAUUUGCGGUUCGCCUACAAAGGAGAUUGCGCGCUGUGCGAUGGUAUACAAUGUUCGUUUGGAGCAUCAUGUGCGGCGGGGGAAUGUAUUUGUCCAACCGACUGCACUGGAGCGGCGCGUGAGCCAGUUUGCGGCAGCUCUAUGCAAACUUAUCCCAACGAGUGUGAACUGCAGAAGGCAGCCUGCAGAUUGCCUCCGCCGGGAACACUACACGUCAUAUUUUAUGGAGACUGCAAAGAUCGCCUAGCCGUGGUGCCGCCAAUAGCUAUGACGACGACCGCGAUGACCACGACCGAGGCGGAGGAAGGCUCCACGAACGUCGCGGCGACGGAUGGGGGCGCGCCAGACUCGGCCGUGUGUCGCGACAUAAGAUGCGAUUUCGGCGCCAGCUGCGAGGUCGGGGCUGAUGGAUAUCCGCGUUGCUCCUGCCUCUUUGAGUGUCCGCAUGACGAUGAAUACUUCCCGGUUUGCGCUUCGGAUUUUAGGCUUUACACGAGCCUGUGUGCUAUGCGCAAAGAGGGCUGUCAAAAGCAGCUCGAGCUGAGGUUGCGGCCGCUGGACCUUUGCAAAGGUAUGGAAGUGAGGCCUUGCGGUAACAACAAAGCGAUGUUGGAUCCAACGACCGGUCUUGAAAUUGACUGUGGAAACGGACCUCACCGUCAAGAUUGCCCCGCCGGUAGCUACUGCCAUAUCACUUUGACCGCUGCGCGAUGUUGUCCUAAAAACGAUUCGAAGCCGGCGGAUGAAAAAAAGUCGCAUUGUUCGGAAAGUACGUAUGGAUGUUGUUCGGAUGGUUCGACUCCAGCCACCGGUCCUCAUGAGGAGGGUUGCGUCCCUAGCACGAGCUGUGGUUGCAACAGACUUGGGUCAGUUAGGGAGCAGUGCGACGAGAGCGGUCAGUGCUCGUGCCGGGCGGGCGUGGGCGGACUCAAGUGCGAUCGCUGCGAACCCGGGUACUGGGGUCUGCCCAGGAUCGGAACGGGACACGCCGGUUGUAUACCGUGCGGCUGUUCGGCCUUUGGUUCGGUCAGAGAAGAUUGCGAGCAAAUGACCGGGCGAUGUGUUUGUCGAACUGGAGUGCAAGGUCAGAAAUGCACUGUUUGUGCCGACCACAGACGCAGACUUGGACCUAACGGAUGCUCUGAUCCGGAAACAGGAGGCGUAGCGUCAUCUUGUUCGGAACUGUCGUGCUAUUUCGGUGCGGUUUGUACUGAGCGUACAGGAGGAGCGCUCUGUGAAUGCACAGCAGCACCCUGCCCCGACAGCGAUAUGAACAUGCUGGUAUGCGGCAGUGACGGCAAGACUUACGAGUCUGAAUGCCAUCUAAAGCUACAAGCGUGCCGCACGCAAGAAGACAUCGUGGUACAAGCGUUCGGUCCUUGCAAGCUAAAUGAGCUGGCUGGUACAGCCGGCCCCCUCAGACCCUCAUCUCCCAUUCAAUUCACGCAACAAGACGACGGAGCGGCAUCCAAAUCAACCAGACAUCUGCUCAACCCAGAUAAAUAUUACAAUAAAUACGAUUGGACGAAGAAAGAAACAUCCAGUGAUUUCGACAGUAUUUUGACGGGCCAGAAAUUUAAAGGUUCGCAAACAGCAACGACGGCAACUGUCGGAGCGGUGGGCGCCCUGCUUGGUGACCUCUGCGCUGAGGACGCGGAGUGCUCAGCACUCGCUGGUGCAUAUUGCGCGCGCGGCGGCUGCGUUUGUAGACGUGGCUUCACACCCACACUGAACAGAAAGGCUUGUGUUGAGCAAAUAACGCAAGAGACCACAGAGGAAUACAGUGCUUGCCUAUCAGAGCCUUGUUAUAAUCUCGGGACUUGUAUCGAUUUGCCAGGAUCGACUUACACAUGUCUGUGUGCCGGUCCUUACACCGGUAACAACUGCGAGAGUCUGGUCAAAGACGAACUAUUGAAUGCUUAUAUCGAAACUCCGUCUUUUGACGGCUCAUCUUACAUACGGCUAAAACCCUUGAAAGCUUAUCACAAGUUGAACAUCGAUAUUGAGUUUAAAACGUUCUCCGAGAACGGGGUUAUACUUUACAAUCAACAAAAGGCGGACGGAACUGGUGAUUUCGUUUCGCUUGCUUUGGUCAACGGAUAUUUAGAAUUUAGGUACAACCUCGGUAAUGGCGUUCUAGUUCUGACGUCCUUAGAAAAAAUAUCUAUGAACGAGUAUCACAAAGUAUCUGCUAAAAGAUAUCAUCGUGACGGUAUAUUGUCAGUUGAUGAUAUGGAAGAUGUUGUAGGGCAAUCAAUGGGACAUUUGAAAGCUUUGGAUCUCGCCGAGGAUGCUUACGUUGGUUCUAUACCUACCAAUUAUUCGAGGGUAUUCGAUAAUAUCGGUACGCGUAGCGGAUUUGUCGGCUGCGUAAAGUACUUACGGAUAAUACGUCAUCAAGUAACAAAAAAAUUGGGCCGGCCCGACUCAUUAGUGAUCGCCAUUGAAAACGUUCGGGAAUGUCAAUCGAAUCCAUGUAUGAGUAUUCCAUGCACGAACGGAGGCACGUGUAAAUCUAUUGAAGGGUCGGUCACCGAAUAUACUUGUAGUUGUCCUAUUGGAUUCCAAGGAGCCAAUUGUGAUGAGAGAUUAGAUCCGUGCGAGUCAAAUCCUUGUGGAUAUGAUGAAGGGCUAUUGUGUGAUAUUGGAAGCGACGGUGGCCAUGUCUGCCGAUGUUUAUUUGGAGGUGAAAUCGGCUCCAAUGGAAAUACUUGCAGCAAUGACGUAACUGUAAUUCAAGAAACGUGGUCUCCUCAAUUCAACGGGACUAGCUACAUUGAAUUACCGCCACUCGAAGGCCUGGGCAAAGCGUUCAGAAUAGAAAUUUGGUUUUUAACGAACCGAUUUUCCGGAAUGCUCCUCUACACAGGGCAGUCUAAUAAAGCCAAGGGGGAUUUCAUUGCGAUUAACUUGGUUAAUGGUUACUUACAAUUUAGGUACAAUUUGGGCAGCGGUAUCGCAAAUAUAACGUCCCCGGUACCAAUUACAAAAGGUCGUUGGCACCGAGCUCGAGUAUCGCGCGCUGGUCGACACGGAAGUCUACAACUCGACCACCAUCCGACCCAAAAAGGCCAUUCAUUACCACCACUGACACAUUUAGAAUUGACUUUACCGCUGUUUAUAGGAUCUUUGCCCGCUUACAUCCGACCGCACAAAAUGUCAGGAGUGACGAGCAGUUUUAUUGGAGCCUUGCAACAGGUCUUUGUGAAUGGUAAUCCACUGACUCUGUAUAGUGCUGAUACGACUAAGUGCUCUAUGAUUCAAGACGAAGAACAUUUACCUUGCGCUACGACUGGCGUUACUAAAUACACAGGACCACCUUGUGGAGAUGGUCUCACUCCGUGCAAGAACAACGGUACAUGCAUCCCUUUGCUUAACGAAUACAAAUGUAUUUGCCAUGAUGGUUAUCAAGGAAGAAACUGUGAAAUAGAAAAGGUUAACGUGGAAAUGCUUAAUGAAAGAAGCCCUGUAAAUUUCGAUGGCAAUAAUUACUUUUCCUACCGAAGUAGAACAAGUCGCAGGAAUAGCGGAGCUCGCGGUAUUAGAUACGAAAUAAAAUUUCGAACUUACAACGAUUCGGGCCUUCUUAUGUGGCGACGUAAAAUAGGUGUUCGUCCCAGAGACUUUAUAGGAUUGGGUCUUAGCAAUGGAAAGCUUCAGUUAAUAUAUACGGAUACAGAUUCUAAGGAUAUGAAUUCUGCUACCCACGAAGAUUGGUUUCAGUCUCUAGAGUCCAAGAAAAGGGUUGAUGAUGGGAGGUGGCAUACCGCGACGAUACGGCGGAGGAAGAGACUGGCCAUGCUUCAGGUUGACGACUUGCCACCGGUCAGAGGAUACUCGCAAUCAUUGCUUGUGCCCUCGAAAUCGAACCCCAAAUUAUGGAUCGGGGGCUCACCGACAUUGCCUCUGGGGUUGCCAGCCGCUCUAUACAGUGGCCUCCGCGGUUGUGUAGCGAGUGUCAAAGGGAACGGACGACAUAUCGACCUAAAUUCACCUAUACGACCGACGACCGUCUUGCGACAUUGUAAUUAAAAAAUUGAAGUGAUUAAAUAAUAUUAAAAGUAUUAUUUCUUAGAUGUUUUAAAUAGUAUAUAAAACUUGACAAUACAGAUGUAUUCUGGUUUUUAUUGUUUUUUUUUUCUUUUUGUUAGUAGUAUUAUUAUAUUAUGAUUUCAGCAUCUAUGUUUAGUGCAAUCUUUUGUAUUAUGAACAUAAAUUGAUAAUAAAAUUCUCUCUUCCCUGUACUGUCUGAAUUACGUCUAUUUUACUAUUAAUUUAUAUUUACUUUUAAUUUGAUUUACUACAAAUAUAAUAUCCACCUCUUAGUGCAUAUUUACAUAAAACAUUGCUAUAAUGAUAAUUUACUAUAAGUUUACAACUGAUCAUAUCAUUACCCAAUAUAGGUGCUCGGACACAUCAGACAUAAAAAUAGAGUAUAAAUCUUGCAAGAACUUCUUAAUAUUAAGUAGAUCUGAUUAUUAAAUUGUUAACUCUAGUAAAUUAUAGUAUACCUAUAAAUGUUUAUUCGAAGACAAAAUAUUUUGGAAGUAGAAAUGAUGGUACAUUAUGUUUUUAGAUUUCAGUUGUGAUGAAUGCGAUUGAUUAUCACUAUAGAUUGUCCUUUAUUUGAUACGGGGUACCCGCAAAUUUAAUCCUUAGUUAAGAAGUUUCCGUCACACAUUUUCCGCUUAUCUGCUCCAACUGCAAUCCAUCACAACCUACUUUUAAUCAUCAUGCCUUUCUCCUAAUAUUUUAAUUUUAAAGUUUAAAAUAUCCGCGGUAUCCUAUAAAUAUUAGGUUUGUUGAAUAUUAAGGUUAUUAGAUCGCGAAGUAUUGCAAUAAAAAGCCAGACUGAUACUUUCAUUGCUCUUCAAACUGUUAUAUUUUACAUUAAAAGUUUACAUUAAAAGAAAAUUGUAGUUCAAUGUUUAACUGCUUUAAUAGUUACAUACAUUCCAAUACGAAAUAAUAUAAAAAUACAUUGUAAAUUUUCAUAUCGACGUGUCAUAUCAUUUUUAUUUAGAAAUCGUUAAAAAAUAUUAUCCCGAGAUAGUUUUUAAGAUUUGAUAUUUUAUAAUUAAAUGAACGAGAUACGAGUUUUCUGUUGGUGUGUAAUUUCGACAUAAAAUAGGACAAUGAUAAUGUUUUGGUUAUCAGUAGGAAAGUGAUUUAUUAGUGUUUAUAUUUUUAUGUAGUCGUGGUAGAAAUUACGCGCAUUGAAAAGUAUAUUACUAGCAAUCCGAGACGUGGAAUGAUACUCGUGGAUCUUUCGAGAUCUGGUUGUUUUUGUAAAAGAUAUAUAAGAAGCACAUAUCAGCAAAUCUCACAUCUCGUUAUUUUUAAUUUACAUAAUUUGAUUUUAAUGUUUAAAGGUAAACCGUGCCAUAAUAAUUUUACCGUACAUUUUCUGUUGUAAUUUACUUUAGUUCAGUUUUUUUUUUUUGUAAAUAAUAAUGAUAAUUUAUUUUAGCAUUCCUAAUAUUUUAAUAAAUUCAGUUCAUAACAUUCCCUAGAUUAUGUUAUUGUGUGCCAUUCAUUGUCUUUAACGAAUUGCCUUAGCUUAUUUUGUGAAAAAUAAAAUUAUCCUUUUUUUAUUCACAGAUUUAUUUAUUCCGUAUAGUGAUGUCACAGUUUUAAUGUUUAAUGCAUUUUUUUUUGAGAUUAUCAAGUUUUAUUUAAAGGUUAGAAAUGUAAAAUAUGUAAAUAGUCUUAAAAUAAUUUUCACAUUGUUUUUACUUUUUGUAGACCUGAAACUCAGUAUGACAUAUAAAUAUAAUGACUAUUUGUAUAAUCUAAAAACAGCUUAAAGUAUAUACAAAUCAGUAGUUUUCAUCGAAAUAACUAAAAUAAAAGAUACUAAGUGGUAUUCAGUAUUAUAUUUAGAUUAAGAACAUAAAAUUCUUUUUAGUUUACAAACGAAUUUACAAAGGUAAACUUUCUGUAAAAGCAUUUUUUCUGCAAACAUUUGCGAUCGUACUUGAGAAUAUGUUAAAAUGUAUAAAAAAAAACUAUUCACUUCUUAACGGUAAAAGUUUUUUUAAGUAAAAUUAAAUGAAUAUUGGAUUCACUGUAAAAUACCCGCCGUAGCGUUAAUAAAAUUUAACUGUACUUAAAAUAACGAAUUUCAUUUUGAUUUAAAUUUUAUAGCCUUGUAAAUUUGUGUAAGAGAAAAGAAGCUAAUUAACAUUAUAGUGAAACUAUGUUUAAAGGUUUAGAUAUUUGCCUAAGGUAAUGUUUCGGUUCAGGUUUCUUGUGUGCUAAAUGUAAGGCGCUUAGAUAUUCGUUUCUCUACAUUUAACGUAGGGAUCUAUUUGUAAUUUAAUGUACUAAUAAAACAAUGACAAUAUUAAUAAAAAUGUAACAGUUUCGCAAUAAGCCUUUGCAUUUCGCUUCGCGUUCGGCGAAAAAAUCUAUUUAGAUUAGAAUCCGUAUAGUGAUUUCAGACUUAAAUUUAUGUGAUCCGUAUUACGUUGAGAGUUGUUAUACUUUUAAAACAAACACGAGUAAUACACGUCUGUAUAUAUAUAGGGUUUUAUAAAUAUCUUCCAGUCCAGUUUGUCACGGAAUAUAAUUAUGUUUUAUGUAACUUAGUUUGUUGAGAAUAUGAAGAGAUAAUAUUAAAAUGAGACUGCAA